CUUCGCUUCUUUCCCACAAUUGCUGCCAGUCCUCAAGAACAUAUCAAGAUUUGCACUUAGGAUUGAUUGUACAGCUUGUCAAUUCGCUGUCACGUCUACAACCACAGCACACAAUCUCUACAUCAGUCGCCUUCGAACAAUGUCGGCCUCCAACGCAACCAGCGAGCAAACGCUCAGCAUCAUCGGCUGCGGCAACAUGGGCACAGCCAUCCUCAACGGCCUCCUGAAAGCCCAAACCCAAGCCCAAACCCCACCCCCAAGCACCAGCACCAGCACCCCCCCACCACUCCCCAAAUCCUACAUCGCAACCACCCGCCGCACGACCUCUUACGCCAAACUCACCAACCAAUUCACCCCUUACCUGACCCCGACCAACCCCGACACCCCCAGCGUCACCAUCCUCCACGGGCCCCACGCCAACCUGACCGCCAUCCAACAAGCGACCACAAUCCUGCUCUGCAUCGACCCCGCCGACAUCCCGACCUUCUUCGCCGACGCCGCCCUCCGCGCCGCGCUCUCCGGCAAACUCCUCAUCAGCAUCGCCGCAGGCUGGACCCGCGCCGCACUCUUCGCCCUCGUGCCGGACGCCCCCGAUCUGCAGAUCAUCCGCACCCUCCCCAACAUGGCCGCGCUCGUCGGGCAGAGCAUCACCGCGAUCGAAGUGCCCCCGCCGCUUGGCCCGACUGGUGGUAACGCGGCCGGUGAAUCCGAAAGUGCGGGCAACAGACCCAACCCCACAGACGCACACAUCGCCCUCACGCAAACAAUCUUCUCGGCCGUGGGCCAGACGCAGCUCAUCCCGCCGGCCCAGAUGACCGCCUUCACGGCGGUGGGGGGCUCGACGCCGGCCUUCGUGGCUGUAUUCGCCGACGCGCUGAUCGAGGGCGCCGUGGCGAUGGGGUUCCCUCGCGCGGAUGCAAGGACCACGGUGCUGCAGGCGCUGAGGGGCGCGACGGCGUUGAUGCAGGAGGGCGGGUUGCAUCCUGCUUCACUCAGGGAUCAGGGGACGUCGCCCGGGGGGUGUACGAUGGGUGGGUUGAUGGUGUUGGAGGAGCGGGGGUUGAGGGGUACGGUGGCUAGGGGGAUGAGGGAGGCGGUUUCGGUGGCGGGGUUGAUGGGGAGGCUGGCGGAAGGGGGGGAGGGGUUUGUUAAUGGGACGCGGUAG